AUGGCAGUUGGUUUUUGGCCCGAUAAUACCGUCCCGAACGCCCCGAAGACCGGCAUUACGAAGCUGGACCGGAACAGUGAGAUGGAAGUGGAUGGCGAAGGCGAGGAGACGGUGAUAGGAAACAACGAAGGCUAUCGGGUUUGCCCCGACCAGUCAACGCGCGCUGUCCCGGCGAGUCCACGGCGGCGACGCUUGCUGCUCUCGACUGACAGCGCCUUCGCCGACACAGUCCUCCCCUCGCUCGUCAAGAACCCUUAUAUCGAGCUGCGCUUGAUCACCGACGAAUCCUCGGCGCUGCUGGCCGGCACAAACAAAAUCCCCCAUUACACAGACUCAGUCGACAGUACAACCUUCGAUAAGAAGACCAGUGCGCGGAAAUGGCUCAAGGCGAAGACGGCCGAACUAUGCGAGUGGGCGGAUAUGCUGUUGGUCGCUCCCAUCGACGCGGGCGCUUUGGGUUCUAUGCUGGCGGGGUUGACAAACACUUUGACCUUGGCGCUCUUACGGGGUUGGGUGUCGAGCAAGCCCGUGAUUUUGAUUCCCGGAAUGACCGUUUCAGAAUGGGAUCAUCCAUUGAGUGCGCGACAGCUGGAAGAAAUAAACCGAUUCUGGCCCUGGAUUCGAAUCGUUCAGCCCGUGCUCUGGAAGUCCAAUGGGCCGGAGGACCUCACGCCACUGCCGUGGGAUGGAUUACAAGAUUUGCACAGAAGUCUGGAGAAAGGCUUGAGCCUACCUCCUUGGGAGAGACCAUUCUCCCAGAAUGCUUCCAGUGCAAAAGCAACACCAUCUUCGAAAUCCAUACCUUCACUCGCAAAGCCGUCGGGAAGUGACACCGCCAUGGCACUUCGCCAGCUCCAAACACACUGGCCAAAUCCAGAAACAAGAGUCCGAUCCCUCCCUUUUGAGAUCUGGCUCAACAUCUUCGAGGAUCAAUUAGGAGAUUGGGAGAUUGCAAAAGCCGUGGGUAUCACUACCAAUCUCCCGGUUCCCCAAGAAUGGCAAAGUCAUCUUCUAAAGAUGUCCACACCGGCUUCAUUGGAGUACACCAUUCUCCGGGGAUCAUUUGCCGCGAUGAAGAAACGCAUCGACAGUCUGCCUCGGUGGAAACCACUGUCCGACCUUGCCUGUCACCUCAUUGUGAAAUUCUCUCGUACCGACAUCCUCUCCUAUCUUACCGAAAAUCACCUCGACCUUCUCUGGACUACCUCUCGCCUCACAAACAUCCCUUAUCGAGCGUCCGCAAUUUAUGGAAACCCCACUGUUCUCACCUGGUGGCGUGACGCACCCGCGCUUCCCAAUAAAGAGUACGCUGCCGAUGCCAUGGACGGUGCCUCUCGCGCUGGCUUCAUCCACGUUUUGAACUGGUGGCUACAUUCAGGUCUUCUGCUCCGAUAUAGCGAGCGAGCCCUCGAGUCCGCUAGUGCCGAGGGCCGGGUCGCCGUGUUGGACUGGUGGAAGGCUGCAUCAGCAAACGCACCGAUCCACAAGCCCAUACCUCUGAAAGUAGGCAAGUCUGUCCUACUAGCGGCGCAAUCCGGCCGCAUCGCCUCUCUCGCUUGGUGGGAUGCAUCCGGUAUUCCAUACAGCCACGCCGAGAAUGUCGCUCGUAUUGCCAGUACGCACGGCCACGUGCAUGUCCUGGAUUUCUGGUACCGAUUGAAAGGUCCAAAGAUGAUCUUCGAUAAUCAGGUUCUCGUUGGACCCACGAAAAAUGGACACGACCAUGUUCUGCAAUGGUGGAAAGACUGCGGUCUGCGGGUCGAAUUCAAAACCUGUGAUAUCGAGGAAGCUCUCGAAGACGCAGUCUCCGGUGCGGACGGCCGCGUCCGUCGCUGGUGGGAGUGUAACGGUCUCAAUCUCGGCGUUGGCACACGCGAGUGGAUGAAGACGAAGGUACUUUAA